CGAAAAAAGUGAUAACAGAACUUUAAAAUUUCCCAAUAUUGCAUAAAUAUUUAUUAGUUUAAUAGUUUAUUACUGUUGCAAAUCGCAAUAUUCAAAACCUCUUGGCUCGAGUACAACCAACACAGUUUAGAUAAGUUAUACACAAAAAAAAAAAAUAAUAAUGUAUUUUGGACUUAAUUUUGGUAGACAAGCUAUUUUAAAAAAAGCUAAUGUAUGGAUGCGAUGCAUGUGCAAUGUUGCAAAAAAUAAUGAUAUCAAGCAAUUGGAAUACAUCCGAAACAUAGGCAUUUCUGCGCAUAUAGAUUCUGGGAAAACUACCUUGACUGAAAGAAUUUUAUAUUAUACAGGUAAAAUAGCUAAAAUGCAUGAAGUUAAAGGUAAAGAUAAUGUAGGAGCAACUAUGGAUUCAAUGGAAUUAGAAAGGCAGAGAGGCAUAACAAUACAAUCUGCAGCUACGUAUACAAUUUGGAAAAAUUACAAUAUUAAUAUUAUCGAUACACCCGGUCAUGUUGAUUUUACAGUUGAAGUAGAAAGAGCACUGCGAGUUUUAGAUGGUGCAGUGUUAGUGCUAUGUGCAGUUGGGGGUGUACAGAGUCAAACGUUAACAGUUAAUAGACAAAUGAAACGUUAUAACGUUCCUUGUAUAGCUUUUAUUAAUAAGUUAGAUAGACUUGGUGCUAAUCCAUACAAAGUUUUGACUAAUUUAAGAAGUAAACUUGGACAUAAUGCUGCAUUCUUACAGCUACCAAUUGAACACGAAAGCAACAUUAAAGGAAUUGUCGACUUGAUUCAUAUGAGGUCAAUUUAUUUUAAUGGCGAUUUUGGGGAUAACAUAGAAUAUGGCGAUAUUCCAGAAGAUAUGAAAAAUGUAGUCGAAGAAAAACGUCAGGAAUUAAUUGAGCAUGUGUCCAAUGUGGAUGAAAAAUUAGGAGAAAUGUUUCUCGAAGAAAAAGUUCCUACUGAACAAGAAUUAAUUGAUGCGAUUCGACGGUGCUGUAUUAAAAGAACAUUUACACCCGUUCUCCUUGGAACAGCGUUGAAAAACAAAGGUGUUCAACCCUUGUUAGAUGCAGUUUUAUCAUACCUACCAAAUCCCGGAGAAGUAGAAAAUGUGGCAUUACGGCCAACUGAUGAUAUUAAUAACCCUGAAAAAGUAAUAUUAGAUCCUAGGAGAGAUGGAACUCAUCCAUUCAUUGCCUUAGCAUUUAAAUUAGAAGCCGGAAGAUUUGGUCAGUUGACGUAUAUGAGAUGUUACCAAGGUAAAUUAUCCAAAGGCGAUACUAUAUACAAUUUUAGAACAUCUAAAAAGGUACGGUUAUCAAGAUUGGUACGUUUGCACGCAGAUCAAAUGGAAGAAGUCAAUGAAGUAUAUGCUGGUGACAUAUUUGCUCUAUUUGGCGUGGAUUGUGCUAGUGGUGAUACUUUUAUUGUUGAUAAAAAACUCAACAUGUCAUUGGAAUCUAUUUUUGUACCAGAUCCAGUUGUGUCUAUGGCUAUUACACCAGUUAACACAAAAGAUAGGGACAAUUUCAGUAAAGCUGUAGCUCGAUUUACUAAAGAAGAUCCAACUUUUAAGUUUCAGUAUGAUACUGACAGUAAAGAAACUAUAGUUUCUGGUAUGGGUGAAUUACAUUUGGAAAUUUAUGGUCAAAGAAUGCAAAAAGAAUACAAUUGUCCAGUAACAUUAGGUAAACCAAAAGUCGCAUUCAGGGAAACUUUGGUGUCUCCUUUUGAAUUUGAUUAUUUCCAUAAAAAGCAACAUGGUGGUCAAGGGCAAUAUGCCAGAGUUAUAGGUAUUUUAGAGCCAUUACCACCAAAUGAAAACACAAAUUUAGAUUUUAUUGAUGAAACAUCUGGGCCCAAUGUACCUAAGCAGUUCAUUCCUGGAAUAAUAAAAGGUUUUAAAAUGAUGGCCGAGAAAGGAUUGUAUUCUGGUCAUAGAAUAUCAGGAAUACGAAUGAGGUUAUUAGACGGAGCUCAUCACAUUGUGGAUUCCAGUGAGUUGGCAUUUAUACUAGCUACACAAGGCGCUAUUAAACAAGCAUACGAGGAAGCAGCUUGGCAAGUGUUGGAACCAAUUAUGGAAGUUGAAGCAGUUGUACCUAUGGAAUUUCAAGGAUCUGUAAUGGGCCAAUUUAAUAAACGCAAUGGUAUCAUUAGUGGAAGUGAAGGAACUUCUGAUUGGAUAACAAUUUAUGCAGAGGUGCCAUUGAACUGCAUGUUUGGAUUUGCAGGAGAGUUAAGAUCAUUAACUCAAGGUAAAGGAGAAUUCAGCAUGGAAUAUGUAAGAUACUCACCAACAACACCCGAAACUCAAGAAAAAGUAGUCAUGAAUUAUUUAGAAAGUACAGGCCAACUACAAGCUUUCCUUAAUUCAAAAAAGAAUACCAAAUCAUAGGAAAAAAAAUAUCAUUAAUUAGCUAUAUUGACUGAAUUGUUUUUUUUUCUAGUACAACAUCUUGUAAACAUUUGUAAUAUAACUGUUACAAAAUUA